AUGAAACUAAAAGCCGAAGAGCUGAGACUCAAGGAACAACUUUACAGCAGAGACAUCACUGAAAGAAUUGGACAGAUUUCGCUUCACGGAGUGUUCAACCGAAACAGUCCGAUGGUGCAAGGCCUGCAAGGCUCUGGGUUGGGAAACAGUACCCUGUUUCCUUACCCAGAGCAUCAAGUUCGCAGCGGGUGUCCGAAGCGACAUGAGGGCAUGCGUUGUCGAGGAGGAUGUAAACUUCGGCACGUUUUGGUUGCUUUUGUCAGGUUGCAGCGGGCAGUUCGUGGAUCUGCCGCAUGUAGACUUUGGCGUCGAUCGUCUGUGUGUCGUGCAGCUUGCACCAUAGCAUUCCACGCGAGUAGAAACAGCAGAGGAAAACCUUCCGUCGAUGUUGAUUCGAAGAAGUUUCCGUCAAAGCUGCGGAACAGUCAUUGGUGGUAG